AAACAAGCGCAACGGUGAAACGAGAUCACACAUGUUUGCAAGGGUUUUGCAUGCUCCCGUUGUCUCGGGAUCAUGCAUUUAGACUUGUUGUGUCGUCAUAUCGGAGUCUCUGCAUUUAAAGGUAGUUGGAUUAAAACUUGGAAGAACGUGAGUUAGUAAAGACACUCGUUGAAUGUGCUUUUGUUCAGGACGUGGCUGAAGCUUUGAUGUACAGAUCAGAUUACAGCUUUUCAUCUGAGCUUUUACUGUUGUGCGCAACUCGGGACGGGUUCAGAUCUCAGCGGUGAGGGCAGUGGAUCACAUCCGAAACAACUUUUCCUAUUAGACGGGACUGUAAGAAGCAAGUCUGUCAUUGGAGUGCACGUGGAAAAGACAUUUGAAAAUGCCCCGGGCACUGAUUCUCUCCGGGUUUCCUCUUCAGAGGAUACUUGUCCUUCCAUUGUGCGUUAUGUUUGCAGUAAUGGCAGAGGAGAGAAGAGAUUGCAGGGAACAGGAAUACAAGGAUAAGUUUGGGAACUGUAUUCCCUGCCGGCAGUGUGACGCAGGACAAGAGCUUUCAAAGGAAUGUGGCUUUGGCUAUGGAGAGGAUGCCCAGUGUGUGCCCUGUCGAGCCAGUCGUUUCAAAGAAGACCGCAGCCUGCAGAAAUGCAAGCCCUGUCUGGACUGUUCCCUCCUCAACCGCUUCCAGAAGGGCAACUGUUCCACCACAAACAACGCUGUAUGCGGAGACUGCCUGCCUGGAUUUUACAGAAAGACAAAGUUAAGUGGAUUCCAGGAUAUUGAGUGUAUACCUUGUGGAGAUCCACCACCACCUUAUGAGCCGCACUGUAUCGGACGAGUGAAUCUGGUUCCUCUACAGUCAACAGUGACCAGCCCCAGGGACAUGGCACUUGCCGCAGUGAUCUGCAGUGCUCUGGCCACUGUUCUCCUGGCCCUCUUCAUCCUCUGUGUGAUCUACUGCAAGAGACAGCUGCUGGAGAAAAAACCUGUUUACUUGCGGUCUCAUGAUGGUCCGUAUGUGGAAUCUGAGUUGUCUUGUCUGGAUCGGAGAGUGCUCGAGUUCUCCCAGCGGCCGUGUUGUCACUGCCGUCACACUUCAGGACAGACCUGCGGUCCUGUACACCUGAUCCCAUCUCUGUGCUGUGAUGACACCUGGAGCCAGGGCCGCGGUCGGGAGAGUCGUCCCUUUCACUCUCAGAGCAGUCUCAAUGAAGGACUGGUGAAUCCAUCACUGGGAACCAGUCAAGCAGAUGUGGGUUGUGCACCAGAACCUCUCUUCGAAGAUGUGUCUCUCUCUGAGGCAUGCCCCCCCGCACAGAACAGCAGAACCACAGACCAUCUCCACUUCAGCUCAGAGUCCACACAUAGAUGUUCCUCCAGUGAAGAAGAUGUGGAACAUGACCUGCAAAGCUCAGGCCUUGUCUCAGCUGAUCUUGAGGACGGAUCAAACAGUCGGUUUCUAUAACAGCAACAACCAUCUAUAAUUGAAGGAUGACCUAUUCUUAUCUCACCUGCUGUUGGUCCACGAGAGCCACUCUGGAGGUAAAAAGAGCAAAGGAAGAUCCCCACUCAGAUUACAUCCGGCCACACACACACUGAAAAUGUGUUUCGUCGUCUUUUUCCAACAGUCUGUGACAGCUCAUCAACAGCGGUCUACAGAGACUUUAUUAAUAAGUGUCAACAAAACCACAAAAAGACAAAACAACUCUGAGAAGCUGAGGGAAGCUUUAUGGAGGUCUUUUGCAAAGAAUCAUUAUAACUAGCCUCUAGUUAUAUAUCCCAGCACUGACUACCUUUUCAGGUGGGUUGAAGUUAAGGUUACACUGCAGGUAUUAGUUGCAGCUGUGACCUCAGUGGUUUGGAUUUUUUUUAGUACAUUCCAUGUAGAUCAAACUGUUCAUGGUGAAGACUGUGUAAUCUUCAGUGUGUUAAAUUGUAGAUAUUGUAUCAUAGUAAAUAGAAGGACAAUAUUUUUUAUAAUGGAGAUACUGCAUUGCAUUUUGUGCCUUCACUCUUGCUUUUGGUAAACUUUACGAAUUUUGUUGCUCAUCAAAUUUGUAAAUAAAACUAUAUAAGCUUUGCAGGAGUGUUAUUAUUUUAUGAAAAUGAUAAGUGAACAUGCUUGAAUAUUGUCAUGCAAUACUAUUUGAAAACAUUUUAUUACAGAAUGAUCUGAAAAUUAUACACGUUGUCAUGUAAAAACACAUACAGUAUUUUCAGAGAUACAAUCAGAAGGCCUGAGUUAAUUCACAUUUUAAAUUUUUUGCACUACACGGGUGAAUCUUAUGAAAAUAUGUCCAGGUCAUAUUUCUAAAUUUGAAAAUUAAAUGUUGCAUAUAGAAAAUUAAGCCUAUUUUAAGGACCAUUAAAUUGUUUUCGCAUUGUGACCUUAUUUUCAUGACAAUUAAAGGGAUAGUUCACCCAAAAAAUCUUUUAUCAUUUACUCACCCUCAUGCCAUCCCAGAUGUGUUUGACUUACUUUCGUUUGCUGAACACAAACAAAGAUUUUUAGAAGAAUAUUUCAGCUCUGUUGGUCCUCACAAUACAAGUGAAUGGUUACCAAAAAUUAGAAGCUCCAAAAUGCACAUAAAGAAACCGUAAAAGUAAUCCAUACGACUCCAGUGGUUAAAUGCAUGUCUUCAGAAGCAAUCUGAUAGGGGUGGGUGAGAUACAGAUCAAUAUUUAAGUCAUUUUAUUUUAAUUUUUUUUAUUAUAAAUUCUCCUUCCUGUCCAUGUAGGGUGAGAUAUGCAUGAAGAAUGUGAAUCACCAAAAACACAAGACUGAAAGUGAAAGUGGAGAUUGACUGAGCAGGGAGGAGAAUUGAUAGUAAAAAAAGAACUUAAGACAUCGAUUUAACCACUGGAGUCUCAUGGAUUACUUUUAUGCUGCCUUUAUGUACAUUUGGAGCUUCUAAAUGUUGGCACCCAUUCACUUGCAUUGUAUGGACCAAAAGAGCUGAGAUAUUCUUCUAAAAAUCUUCAUUUGAGUUCAGCAUAAGAAAGAAAGUCAUACACAUCUGGGAUGACAAAAGGGUGAUUAAUUGAUGAGAGAACGUUCUUUUUUGGGUGAACUAUCCCUUUCAGCUCAUUUCUGGCAUGUUUUUUUUUCAAGACAUUUGUCAUUAAAAUACUUCCAUACAUUUCCCCCCCAAAUUCUCAUUACUUUUAAGACAUCUGGAUGUUUUUUGUUUUCUUUUUAGCAUUUUGUAAUGUCAGUAUUAUUUUCAAUUAUGAUUCUCAUUACUGUAAUAGUUAUUUUUUACUGUAUAACAGUAAAAGUUUAAUAAAAUACAUUUUAAUACUACAAUGAUUUACAAUUAUAAAUAAAUACAUUUUUCAUAUUACGGUAAUGAAAGUACCACUUUUUUUGCAUUACGGUAAGGAGAAUUGGGGGUGUAAAUAUGCUUAAUUGUAAUGAAUUUAUGUCACAAUGUAAUACAUUUUAAGGGUCCUAAAAGGCUUAGUUUCCAUAAUGAAAAAUCUAAUUUCCUAUUUCUUUCGAUUUCGGGGAGGGGGGAUAUGACCCAAGUAUGUUUUUGACAGAUUUUGUGAUAUUCACCCAUAUAAAUAAAUAUCCCACAGUGCACAUCUGCGAAAUCACUGGUUUUUCUACUUAAACUGUUGCAGUUCAGCCUUCUGAGUCCAUGAUGAAAGUUUCAAAGUCAGGGUCGAGGUCAGACACAAGAGCGUUGACAAAGUCCUCAGUGGAGGGUCUUUUCUGCAACAUGCCUGGACAUGAAACAAGAGGGGCAAAUUCCAGCCGUUACAUAUACACGAUCAAGUUUCUGCACUAUGAAAGUCAUUUUAAGAUGUUUAAGAAAUUGCAUUUUAAAAAUAUGAUUGUCCUGUGUCCAUUUAUUACUUGUUUAGUUAAAGGUUUACCAUAUAUUUUGCAUUGACAUUAAAGUGAGUCUAACAUUCUG